UAUUUUUGGUUUAAAAGACAUGUAUUUGAUUAUAAGAACAUAUUUUAAGUGCAGUCGCCGUCGGAAUCGAAGAAAACGUUAUUUAUAUUUUUCGAUGAAAUGUAUAAAUUAUUGUUCAUUUUACGACAUCUGUGCGCUUCCGCAAACCACAUGCGAUUUACAUGUGAAAUAAAAAAAUACGCUUGCGUUAUAAUCACCUUCGAUGAUAUUAUACGACGAUAUAAUAUAUAAUGACUCGCGAAUAUUUUCAAAACUACGAUAAAAACUGCAAUAACAUGUAAUAAUUAUUCGAACACCGCGGUGCGUGUACUUAUGACACAUUAUACUCAUAACUAUGUACACAUGCGCAGUUAUUCAUCGUGGCCCGCGGUGUACGCUUUAAUUAAGAUCGUAAGUAAUAUAAUAAUAACAUAAUAUAUUAUGAAGAAUCGAUAGACGGCAUUAAAUAGGGACCGACACCGACUCGUGGGCUUAGUAACGAAGUGAUACGUCCGCGAUCGGUUAUAUAUUAUUAAAAUAGGCUUUAUUUUUCGAUCUACAUUAUAGAUUAGUAUAUAUUCGACCCAACUGCAAAAUUAUAUUAUAAUACUGUCUCGUCCAGGACGGUUCCGUUUGUGACAAAAAAAAUCCUCGAUUUCAAAAAUAUCUUUUCAGGCAGUCGAAAUGAAAACUGUAAGCUAUCCGCCGUCCAAUCGGUUUUUCGGGCCGUUGUCGAAUUUUUGGCCUAAUAUUUUGUUCGUCGGUUUUCUUCUGUCGCCGACCACCACAUCGCAGACCGCAGACAGCACUACUGAAACGUCGUCAUACCCCUGGAAAAUUUUCGAAAAAGUCAAUAUGUCCACCGUGGACAUCAUCAAGAAAAAUGGAUACGCCGCCGAGAUCCACCACGUCAUAACGGAGGACGGUUACAUCCUUGAAUUGCACCGCAUCCCCAGCAGCAUCAGCGGACAGAAGCCCACAAGAAAUCAUCCUGUCUUCUUCCAUCACGCGUUUCUCUCAAAUUCGGCAGGAUGGGUGCUCGGCGGAGCCAACACGUCUCUGUGUGAGUGAUUAAAAUACCACUACUGUGGUAGCACCGCAGAGGUAACAUAAUUUUACCGCCAACCACGUAUGUGUUCACACGCUAAUACUGUCAUUUUAUAGCUUUGAUGUAGGCAGGUACAGGGAAUUUAAUUCAGUGGAAGAUGCUUAUAAAUCGUAUUAAUCAAUAUUUUAAAUUACAAAUUCAAAGUCAUAAAACAUAUCCUUUUUUUAUUUAUUUAAUAUACUUUACAUUUAUCGGUUGUUAAGUGUUGAUAAGAUAUUAUGCAUGUAUGGUAUGUGAUGAGGGAAUAAAAAAUAUGACUGGAAAACCCCAGAAAAAUAAUAGAAGAAGGCAAACAUUUUCAACACUUUGCCAUAUGUGACAAUGUAUGUUUAUUAAACCAUUAUUGUAAGAUAUCACAUCAGUACGAAACAAUUUACACUUGAGGUAUCUAUAGGACGAUUACGAGUUAGAAAUUCGAUGAAGAGGA